AUUUACAGUACUUAUGAUAAUAGUAAUAUAUGUGUAUCUGUUUGACCCCAGUUGAACUUAGAUCUUCAGUUGAGUGAGUGAAGCUCAAGCAAUGGCGAACUCCAAAUCUCAGAAGAAGAGUGUUCUUCUUCUAUGCGGCGAUUACAUGGAAGAUUUUGAAGCGAUGGUUCCAUUUCAAGCUUUGCAAGCUUAUGGUAUAUCAGUUGACGCUGUUUGUCCUGGCAAGAAAACCGGUGACACUUGUCGUACCGCUAUUCAUCAAAAUUCUGAGUAUCAGAACUACUCUGAGUCAAGAGGCCACAACUUUGUUUUAAAUGCAAAUUUUGACGAGAUUGAAGCCAGCAAGUAUGAUGGAAUAGUGAUACCAGGAGGACGUGCUCCAGAAUAUCUUGCGAUAGAUAAAUCUGUGCAAGAGUUGGUGAAAUCUUUUUCCAAUUCUGGAAAGCCGAUUGCCACUGUUUGCCAUGGGCAGUUGAUUUUAGCAGCGGCAGAUAUACUUAAAGGCCGAAAAUGCACUGCGUAUCCUGCUUUGAAGCCGGUACUCAUCUCCGCAGGUGCUCACUGGAUUGAAGCAGAUACUUUGGCUAGAUGCCAUGUUGAUGGCAAUCUCAUUACAGCUGCUACAUAUAUGGGGCAUCCAGAGUACAUCAACCAUUUUAUCAAGGCACUGGGAGGCACUAUAACUGGCUCAGAUAAAAGGAUUUUGUUCCUCUGUGGGGAUUACAUGGAAGACUACGAAGUAGUAGUUCCUUUUCAGGCCCUUCAAGCUAUUGACUGCCAUGUAGAUGCAAUCUGUCCAAAGAAGAAGGCAGGUGAUAUAUGCGCGACAGCUGUUCAUGAUUUUGAGGGGGACCAAACUUAUAGUGAGAAACCUGGUCACCUUUUUACAUUAACAGCCAGUUUUGAAGGUCUAGAUGCUUCAAGCUAUGAUGCUCUUGUCAUUCCUGGAGGCCGAGCACCAGAAUACUUAGCUUUGGACGAGAGUGUCCUCAAACUAGUAAGAGAAUUUAUGGAAGCUGGAAAGCCAGUAGCAUCCAUCUGCCAUGGGCAACAAGUUUUGUCAGCUGCAGGUGUUCUCAAGAUAAGCUCAGAGAUGUAAUUGUAUGGACACCAAAACCUAGUCCUCCUACAUGUUUCUACAAGAGGAAAUUGAAAUUGGGUGAAGAAAAUUUCUAGAGGCUACUAAAUUUUUUAUCAGUUUGAGUCCUUCAGUGCAAAAAUCUGAUAUAUAUGCUUUUGAAGGCAGUGGCAGAAUAUGGAAAAUGUCAAUGUUAAUUUGUAAUUUUUUUUUCGAAAUUCUAUGUAAUUUAUUGAUGAGAAAGUUUUAACGCACGUAAAUAUUAGUCCCAUAUAUAUUUUGUAUAUUUUAUGUAUUAGUCUUGAAACAA